AUGGCUCUCGUGACGCGGCGCCCCGGCAGCGUGCUCCUCGUCGGCCUCCUCGCGCCCGCAGCGGCACUAGGCGGCGCGCACGCGGCCCGAGCCCCGGCGGCGCUUCACAAGGAUGACGACGCCGCGGCCGCUCCCGCUCACCAAGGACAGGCACCCGCGACCGCGCCGUUCAUCGGGCGCGCCGUCGACGAGCGAGCCCAGGAGGAGCACGCUAGCGAGGAGGUCAUGAGCCUGUCGGCCGGCGGCGGCUCUUCUCGUUCCGGCGGCGGCUCCGGAGGGGGGUCUCGUUCCAGCGGAGGAGGAGGAGGCGGCGCUCGUUCCGGUGGCGGCUCAACAGGGGGCGGCGGGGGUUCUCGUUCUUCCGGCGGUGGCUCGAGAGGCGGUUCUCGUUCCGCCGGCGGCUCGAGAGGUAGUGGCACUCGUUCCCGAGUCACCACGUACUACGGUGACGAGUAUGACUGUAUCGAUUGCGACGACUACUCGGCCGCUGGUGGCCGCGGCGGCGUUUGGAAGGCGGGAGUCGCUGCCACGGCUCUCGCCGCCGCCUGGCUCUUGCAGCUGUAG